CCAUCUCCACCCCCAGGUGGUUUGAACUUUGAGCCUUUUGUAGUCCUGAUGAAUAAUUUCAUUUUCCUCAAGUUUAUGACACUUGGAACGUCAAGAACUCGAGGUUUCUGCAGUUUGAGACCCGUCAGCACCGUGCAGAGAUCAGAGUACUAAGAGACAGAGAUUAAAAUGGCUUCCAGAGGAAAGACAGAGACAAGCAAAUUAAAGCAGAAUUUAGAAGAACAGUUGGAUAGACUAAUGCAGCAAUUACAAGAUCUGGAGGAAUGCAGAGAGGAACUUGAUACAGAUGAAUAUGAAGAAACCAAAAAGGAAACUCUGGAGCAACUAAGUGAAUUUAAUGAUUCACUGAAGAAAAUUAUGUCUGGAAAUAUGACUUUGGUAGAUGAACUAAGUGGAAUGCAGUUGGCUAUUCAGGCAGCUAUCAGCCAGGCCUUUAAAACCCCAGAGGUCAUCAGAUUGUUUGCAAAGAAACAACCAGGUCAGCUUCGGACAAGGUUAGCAGAGAUGGAUAGAGAUCUGAUGGUAGGAAAGCUGGAGAGAGACCUGUACACACAACAGAAAGUGGAGAUACUAACAGCUCUCAGGAAACUUGGAGAAAAGCUGACUGCAGAUGAUGAGGCCUUCUUGUCAGCAAAUGCAGGUGCUAUACUCAGCCAGUUUGAGAAAGUCUCUACAGACCUUGGCUCUGGAGACAAAGUCCUUGCUCUGGCAAGUUUUGAGGUUGAAAAAACAAAAAAAUGACAUGGUGCAGAAGCUUGUAACAUUGAUCACAUUCUUAUUGUAAAUGGCGUCUUUCCUCUGGGGGUUUUCAGUUAUGCAAAGAAAUGAAGAGAUUCUGGAAAUGCAUCAAUAACCUAAGAAAAAAUGACAUAAAAGUAUACUUACGGCUUGUGUUUAUGCCCUUCAUCAUUGUGCAUUGUGUGGGGUUACCUGCUUACGCGAUCCUGAACUUGCUGUGACAGGUUCUCACUGAACUCUACGUGUGAUUUGUCUAAAAGAGAAAACAAAGUGGACUUGGUUUUUAUUAAGGCUGUUUGUUUUUAAGUGUUGAUAGUGAAUGAAAAGAUGUGUAGUAAUGAUAUUUUUCUGCUUAUAACUUAUCCCCACUCAUUGGAGUGAACAGUGAAGCAAGCUCAGUAGACUUCACGUGUGUUCAUAGAAUUUUAGAGUUCCAAGGGAUCUUAAAAAUCAUUUCUGUUUUUACAAACAAGGAAACUGAGGUCCAGAAAGAGCAAGUGACUUGCUUAAAGUUACAUUAGAGAGCUGAUGGUAAAACUCAGGUGUCCUAGCUCCCAGUUUAGUAUCUUGAAUUUUAUUUCUGUACCAUUUUAUAAAAAACAACACUAUUAGUGCAAGUCAGUGUUUUUGAAAAUUCAGUGUCCCAAUAAAAAGUUGACUGCACA